UACAUUUCACACUAAAAAAAAAAAAACAUUCGACACUCAUUUUCUCACUGUUUCCUUAUCUUCUUCCCUCCAAAUCUAAUCAUGUAUUUUCCGGUACCGGCGCUCCGAUCCUCAACCCUCUACAACGGUUCACUCUUUCUCAUUUUCCCACAUUCAAAUUCCUCCACUUCUUCUCCUUCUCCUUCACCUUUGGGGAUUGGACUCACCCGAACAGUACUUCCGAGAGUUCAUGUUGCUGGAGGAGUAAGAUUCGACGCGUCACUUCCUCUAAACGACGACGUUGAAGAUUAUCAAGUCAUUUUCGAGCACUGCGUUACGCGGACUUUGCCUCCUGCUCUUACAUUGGAUGAUGGACUUCAGAAAUUGAAGGAAGCUCUUGAAAUGUUGAAGCUUGCACCGCCGAGUUGUUCUAGUGGAUUCCUUAGGUUUCAGGUGAUGGUGCCUCCGAGUCCGAAGGCAUUGAGUUGGUUUUGCUGUCAACCGGAGUCAUCAGGAGUGUAUCCUCUGAUUUUUAUAUCCAAAAACAUGGACAAUCCCACGUGUAAGUCACUGUAUGUGAAUGGAAGCCGUGGAGUUUUUGGCAUUGGUGCUGCUGUUUCUUUUGUAAACUCUUCCUCCAGAAACAAGAGUUUGAUCAAUAGAUACAUCUCAACUGAUUCUACCAAUAUAGUAGCUUAUGGUUUUAUGGAUGUUAAUCUAGAUAAUGAUUCAAUUUCCAUGAAUCAUGAGGAUGGUUGUUUUAGCUUUUUCAUCCCCCAGGUUGAGUUAGAUGAGAUGGAAAGUGUUUCUAUUCUGACUAUGACACUUGCAUGGGAUAACUUUUCUCUUUCUAAUUUUGGAAAAGCUCUUCAUUUGCUCGAAGUUUCUCUAAACCAGGUCAUAUGUUAUUCUAGUGUGGGGAAAUCCAAAUGUGUAAGAGCUGCCCUCAGAAAACUCAAUUUGGUAGAAGAUAGAUCUAUUCCAAGGGUCUACAUGAACACUGUUGCACUGGGAGGAAGAGAAAGUGUGAGCAACAUAAUAGAACUGAAAGAGUCUCCAUCUUCUAGUCAAUUUUGUGCCAGGCUUUCAGCUACACUCACUGUUUCAAAUAACAUGUUGGAUCGUGCCACCGAAUUUUCGCACUCACUGAUUGAAAGUGCCAAUAUCAAUGCUGUUUGGGCAUCACUUUUAGUUGAAGAAUGUGCAAGACUUGGUUUGACGUAUUUUUGUGUUGCACCUGGAUCUAGAUCUUCCCCACUUGCUGUUGCUGCUGCAAGUCACCAAUUAAUUACUUGCAUUUCAUGUUUUGAUGAACGUUCACUUGCAUUUCAUGCUGUUGGAUAUGGAAGAGGUUCUCACAUUCCAGCAGUAGUCAUAACAUCAUCAGGCACUGCAGUUUCAAACCUUCUUCCAGCUGUUGUGGAGGCAAGUCAAGAUUUUGUGCCGCUUAUUUUACUUACAGCAGAUCGACCUCCAGAGCUGCUGGAUUGUGGGGCAAAUCAAGCAAUUGAUCAGGUGAACCAUUUUGGUUCUUUUGUAAGAUUUUUCUUUAAUCUCCCUGCACCCACAGACCAGAUUCCUGCAAAGAUAGUACUUACUACUGUUGAUUCUGCUGUACAUCGGGCAACUUCUUCUCCAUGUGGGCCUGUGCAUAUUAACUGCCCUUUCAGAGAGCCUUUGGAAAGCAGUCCCCUCAGAUGGUUGUCAAGUUGUUUAAAGGGAUUAGACUUCUGGAUGACUAAUUCUGACCCAUUUACCAAGUAUAUUCAUAUGCAACUGUCUCAUACAUGUACAAAUGCUCCUGGCGAAAUGAUUGGUGUUUUAAAUCUGAUUCAAAGAGCCAACAAUGGUCUUCUACUAUUUGGUGCAAUCCAUUCAGAGGAUGAGAUGUGGGCUGCUCUGCUUUUGGCUAAACACCUCCAGUGGCCUGUUGUAGCAGAUAUCUUGUCAGGGUUGCGGUUGAGAAAGCUUUUAACCUCUUUCUCUGAUAUUGAAAGAAAUUUUAUAUUUGUUGAUAAUCUUGAUCAUGCUCUUCUCUCAGAUUCUGUCAAGGGCUGGUUGAAGAUUGAUGUAGUUAUUCAGAUAGGAGGCAGGAUAACCAGCAAAAGAAUCUGUCAAAUUCUUGAGGAAUGUGCUCCUUUUUCAUAUAUCAUGGUUGACAAACAUCCAUUUCGUCAUGAUCCAUCACACAUUGUUACGCAUCGGAUACAAACUACUAUUUUUGAUUUUGUGGGGUGUUUACUUAAGGCUACUGUUUCACAUUCAAGGAGCACGUGGAGCAGUUCCCUACAGUUGUUGAGUAAAAUGGUUGAAUGGCAGAUACAAUUUCAAAUCACUGCUGAGUCCUCCCUUACCGAACCUUAUGUUGCAAAUGUGACGUCAGAAGCUCUAUCCCCUGAAUCUGCUCUUUUUCUUGGUAACAGUAUGCCUAUUCGUGAUGCAGAUAUGUAUGGACGUAGUUGGCCCAUACACAGUCAUAGUGUUGCGUCUCUUAUGCUAAAUUCAGACAUACCAAUUACCUCGAUGAGGGUGGCUGCUAACAGGGGGGCUAGUGGUAUUGAUGGGUUACUUAGCACGGCCGUUGGUUUUGCUGUAGGAUGCAACAAAAAGGUGUUCUGUGUAAUUGGAGAUAUUUCAUUACUGCAUGAUACAAACGGUCUGGCAAUUCUGAACCAGCGGAAAUUGCGGAAACCAAUGACUAUUCUUGUGGUUAAUAACCAUGGAGGUGCAAUUUUCAGUGUUCUUCCUUUGGCAGAUAAAGUUGACCACAGUAUAAUGCAUCAAUACUUCUACACUUCUCAUAACAUUUCUAUUCGUGAGCUAUGCUUGGCACAUAGUGUCAAACAUUUACAUGUGAAGACAAAGGCGGAACUCGAAGAAGCUCUGUAUGUAGCUCAACAUGAAAAUAUGGAUUGUAUGGUUGAAAUUGAGAGUUCCAUUGAUGCCAAUGCCAAUUUUCACAGUAUUUUGAAAAAAAAUGCUUCCCAAACUGCACAAGACACCAUAAGAUUCCUCUCGGUUCCUUUCAAUCAAUGCUCUGUAAAAGAUGAGUUCUGUUUAUACAAAAUUCAUAAAAUACAGUGUUCAAAAUAUAGAUUUGCACUAAGUGCCCCAUCAACAUCAGCAUCUGUUGUUGAUAAUUGUAAAGAAUUUUAUAGAGAAGGAUUUAUUUUAUCUUUAAUUCUUGAAGAUGGAAGUGUUGGUUUUGGGGAGGUUGCACCUCUUGAGAUCCAUAAGGAAAAUCUUGUGGAUGCUGAAUAUCAACUCAGGUUUCUUAUCCAUGCCAUGGAACAAGUUGAUAUUAGUAGCUUGGUCUCUCUAUUGAAGGGUUCAUUCUCAUAUUGGAUAUGGAAUGAGUUGGGCAUCUUGCCAUCUUCUAUUUUUCCCAGUGUCAGAUGUGGUUUGGAAAUGGCUAUCCUCAAUGCCAUAGCCAAUUCAAAAGGCUCCAACUUGUUGGACAUACUCCAUCCAUCAACAAAUGAGAACAACAAAUGUGAAAAGUCAUUAGAAGUUCAGAUUUGUGCGCUACUUGAUUCAAAUGAAUCUGCAGCUGAAGUAGCUAAUGUUGCUGCCGCAUUAGUCAAGGAAGGAUUUUCUGCAAUUAAGCUGAAGGUUGCACGUGACCGUGAUCCAGUGCAAGAUGGCAUGUUUGUACAAGAAGUAAGAAAGAAAGUUGGUUGCCAGAUUAUCAUCCGCGUAGAUGCAAAUCGAAACUGGACUUUUGAGGAAGCUAUGAAAUUUGCCUCUUUGGCUAAAGAUUGUAACCUGCAGUAUAUUGAGGAACCUGUUCAAGACGAAGAUGAUAUUCUCAAGUUCUGUGAAGAAAGUGGAUUACCUGUUGCCCUAGAUGAAACCAUAGAUAAAAUUCAAGAAAAUCCCCUGGAAAAGCUAGUGAAGUUUACUCAUCCUGGAAUAGUUGCUGUUGUUAUCAAGCCAAGUGUUGUUGGUGGAUUUGAGAAUGCAGCAUUAAUUGCACAAUGGGCGCACCAACUCGGAAAGAUGGCUGUUGUCAGUUCUGCAUUUGAAAGCAGUUUGAGUCUGGCUGCAUAUACUCAAUUUUCUAGUUAUCUUGAAAUACAGAGAUUAAGUACAUUUAAACUGUUCGAUGUUAAAGAAGCACCUUCUGUAGCUCAUGGUCUAGGAACCUAUCGCUGGCUUAAAGAAGACAUAACGCCUAAUCCUCUUUUGAUUAGUCAUAAUCCACGUAGUGGUUUGGUUGAAGCAUCUGUGGAUAAUGCUAGUCGGUUGCUACGUAAUUUUCAAGUCGACCAGGAUGUCAUCUGUCAUACUAUAGCUGAGGAGAAAGUUUGUCGGUACCAACUGAAUGUAGAGCAUAACAAUUUAUCUUGUUCUUUUGAAGUUAUUGAGACUGGUCUCAAAACAAAUGAUACUACACUAGUAUUUCUUCAUGGUUUUAUGGGAAGUGGUGAAGACUGGAUUACUAUCAUGAAGACCUUUUCUGAAUCAGCAAGAUGCAUUUCAAUUGACCUUCCUGGUCAUGGAAAAUCAACAUUACAUGGUAUGAAAAGUGCUACUGAGGAACCAUGUUUGUCUCUGGAGAUAGUUGCCGAGAUAUUACAUAAAAUAAUUCAUCAUGUAGCACCAGAAAAAGUUACACUAGUUGGGUAUUCAAUGGGAGCAAGGAUUGCAUUGUAUAUGGCACUGAGAUUUAGCAGUAAGAUAAAGGGAGCUGUGUUAAUAUCUGCAAGCCCUGGAUUAAAAGAUAAAUUGGCAAGAAAAAUUCGUGCAGCUAAAGAUGAUUCCAGAGCACGCUCUGUCAUUGCACAUGGUUUACAGCUUUUUCUCAGCUCCUGGUAUGCAGGAGAGCUAUGGAAAAGCUUAAGAAGCCAUCCCCAUUUCAAUCGAAUCAUUUCCACUCGCUUGCAGCAUAAUGACAUACAGAAUCUUGCGCAGAUGCUAUCUGGAUUAAGCAUAGGAAGGCAUCCGCCUUUGUGGGACGAUUUGCCGAAUUGUAGAGUACCGCUUCUUAUCAUACACGGAGAGAAGGAUAAGAAAUUUAAGAAAAUUGCUGAAGCAAUGAUGAAUACGAUAUGCUCUGGCUUGAGAAGUAAAGUUGAAGAAGUGAAUGACGUACAUGAGGUUGUUGAGAUUCCUAACUGUGGGCAUGCUGCUCAUUUGGAGAAUCCUCUUCCUGUCAUUGAAGCCUUGAGACAAUUCAUGUCAAAACUAUAGAAGAUAUGCUGUUCAGUAGGUGGAUUAAUUUAUAACAAUUAUGUCCCCUAAACAUGUAUAAUUUUUCUUAUGUUACCAAUUCUUUUUUAUAUAAAUGUUCUUAACUAGUUACCGUGUAAGGAAGGACUAAGUAUUUGAUAAUAAGGAAUACUCAGGUUUCUCAUAAUUCAGACAUUGCAUUGCUUUCGGAUGA